AGGUGCGAGCCUCGGAGACACCGCACCACACCGCACCGCACCAUCAGGUCACCGCAUAGCAAUUGCUUACCGGCACCGGCCGUCUCCGAAGAUGAUACCUGGCAAACGAAGAGCUGCAGUCAUGUCCUACUCGGUGGUGAUAUUAGGAGCGCUAAUGCUGCAGUCCGUAUCUUCCCAAAACGCGGGCUUUGUGAAAUCCCCUCUUUCUGAGACUAAGCUCACAGGCGACACCUUUGAGCUGUACUGUGAUGUAGUGGGUAACCCCACCCCAGAAAUCCAGUGGUGGUACUCUGAGAUCAACCGAGCCGAUUCCUUCAGGCAGCUGUGGGACGGCGCCCGCAAGCGGCGGGUGUCCAUCAGCACGGCCUAUGGUACCAACGCAGUGAGUGUGUUGGGUGUCUCCCAUCUCACACUGGACGAUAUUGGGACCUACGAGUGCAGAGCCAGCAAUGACCCGCGACGUAACGACCUGCACCAAAAUCCUGCCACCACCUGGAUCCGUGCUCAGGCCUCUAUUACGGUGCUGCAGAAGCCGUCAAUCGCAGCCUCUGAACACACCACACUUCCUUCGGAAGGCCACAGUCCUCCUUUCACACUGCAGUGCAACCUGACCAGCAGCUUCGGUACCCACGAGGAGAGCUACUGGAUGAAGAAUGGGGAGGAGAUCCUGGACACACGCAGCCCAAAUAAGAACACUGAGUACAAGCUGGUCAAACCAAGAGGAGACGACGCCGGACUGUACAUGUGUGUCUACACCUUUGAUAAGUCUCCUCCAGCCAACGCCACCAUUGAAGUUAAAUCUGCUCCUGAGAUCACAGGCCACAAGCGUAGUGAGAAUAAGAAUGAAGGCCAAACAGCUUUACUCUACUGCAAGUCUGUGGGCUAUCCUCAUCCAAUCUGGACCUGGCGCAGGAUUGAAAACGGCAUACAUAGGGAAAUCGACAACUCAUCAGGACGUUUCUUCAUCAGCAGCAAAGACAACUACACUGAGCUCCACAUUAUUGAGUUAGACAUUAGUUUAGAUCCAGGCGAGUACCAGUGCAAUGCCACCAACAUGAUCGGCAGCCGUGACGAGAAGUCUGUGCUGAGGGUCCGGAGUCAUCUCGCCCCCUUAUGGCCUCUUUUGGGGGUUUUGGCCGAGAUCAUCAUCCUGGUCGUCAUCAUCGUUGUUUAUGAGAAGCGUAAGAAGCCAGACGAUCUACAAGACGACGAUGACCAAGCAGGACCAGUGAAAACUAACUCAACCAACAACCACAAAGACAAGAACCUCCGUCAGAGGAAUACAAACUGA